CCCUGGGCACCCCUAGUGUCAAGGGCAGAUCUCUGCCCAGGGAGAGCACAGCCUUCUCUGGCAUAAAGUGUCCUUUUCUCUCACGUGUCUUUCAGAACUGGUUAAAGUCCUAUGGCUACCUGCUUUCCUAUGACCCGUGGGCACCUGCGCUGCACUCAGGGAAGGCCUUACAGUCAGCAGUCUCCACUAUGCAGCAGUUUUAUGGGAUCCCAGUCACCGGUGUGUUGGAUCAGACAACAAUCGAGUGGAUGAAGAAGCCCCGGUGUGGUGUUCCUGAUCACCCGCAUUUGAGCCGUAGGCGGAGGAACAAGCGCUAUGCCCUGACAGGACAGAAGUGGAGGCAGAAACACAUCACCUACAGCAUUCACAACUACACCCCAAAGGUGGGGGAGCUAGACACACGGAAAGCUAUUCGCCAGGCUUUCGAUGUGUGGCAGAAAGUGACUCCAUUGACUUUUGAAGAGGUGCCAUACCAUGAGAUCAAAAGUGACCGGAAGGAGGCAGACAUCAUGAUCUUCUUUGCUUCUGGCUUCCAUGGUGACAGUUCCCCAUUUGAUGGGGAAGGAGGAUUCCUGGCCCAUGCCUACUUCCCUGGCCCUGGAAUUGGAGGAGACACUCACUUUGACUCAGAUGAGCCAUGGACACUAGGAAAUGCCAACCAUGAUGGGAAUGACCUCUUCCUGGUGGCUGUGCACGAGCUGGGCCACGCACUGGGGCUGGAGCACUCCAACGACCCCAGCGCCAUCAUGGCACCCUUCUACCAGUACAUGGAGACACACAACUUCAAGCUGCCUCAGGAUGAUCUCCAGGGCAUCCAGAAGAUCUACGGACCCCCAGCCGAGCCCCUGGAGCCCACAAGGCCCCUCCCCACGCUCCCCGUCCGCAGGAUCCAUUCACCGUCUGAGAGGAAGCAUGAGCGCCAGCCCAGGCCCCCUCGGCCACCCCUUGGGGACAGGCCAUCCACACCCGGCGCCAAACCCAACAUCUGUGAUGGCAACUUCAACACAGUGGCCCUCUUCCGGGGCGAGAUGUUUGUGUUUAAGGAUCGCUGGUUCUGGCGCCUGCGCAAUAACCGGGUGCAGGAGGGUUACCCCAUGCAGAUUGAGCAGUUCUGGAAGGGCCUACCCGCCCGCAUAGACGCAGCCUAUGAAAGGGCUGAUGGGAGAUUCGUCUUCUUCAAAGGUGACAAGUACUGGGUGUUUAAGGAGGUGACGGUGGAGCCUGGGUACCCUCACAGCCUGGGGGAGCUGGGCAGCUGUCUGCCCCGAGAAGGCAUUGACACGGCUCUGCGCUGGGAACCCGUGGGCAAGACCUACUUUUUCAAAGGCGAGCAGUACUGGCGCUACAGCGAGGAGCGGCGGGCCACAGACCCUGGCUACCCCAAGCCAAUCACCGUGUGGAAGGGCAUCCCACAGGCUCCCCAGGGAGCCUUCAUCAGCAAGGAAGGAUAUUACACCUACUUCUACAAGGGCCGGGACUACUGGAAGUUUGACAACCAGAAACUGAGUGUGGAGCCUGGCUACCCACGCAACAUCCUGCGUGACUGGAUGGGCUGCAACCAGAAGGAGGUGGAACGGCGCAAGGAGCGGCGGCUGCCCCAGGAUGAUGUGGACAUCAUGGUGACCAUCAACGACAUGCCAGGCUCUGUGAACGCGGUGGCUGUGGUCAUCCCCUGCAUCCUGUCCCUCUGCAUCCUGGUGCUGGUCUACACCAUCUUCCAGUUCAAGAACAAGGCAGGCCCUCAGCCUGUCACCUACUAUAAGCGGCCAGUCCAGGAGUGGGUGUGAGCAGCCCAGAGCCCUCUCUGUCCACUCAGUCUGGCCAACCAGGCCCUUCCUCACCAGGAUCUGAGGGGCAGCUGUGGCCACUGCCCACCGGAGCCAGCAGGGCCCUAGGCCAGGGGUCAUGUAGUUGAAGUGGUGGGUGCAUUGGCCUAGGCUGAAUGUGGGGCAGGGAGUGAUGGCAGCUGUGCCCCAGGGUGGGUGUCUGGCACCCAGACACCAGCCUUCUGUCCUGGGUAAACUGCUCCCUACUCAAGGAAAUAGGCCAGGCCCCAUGCCAGGAGGAGGCCCUGUGGUCACUGCAUCCUGUGGUGUCCAUGAGACCCCACAGCUUGAUUCCUGGCUGGACCCAGCACCUUCUGUGGGAAGCCAGCACUAGAGCUCUCAGUCCCAUCUGGGGGAAGCCACCAGUCCUGUCCCCCUUUGCCAACACCUGCUGGUCAGAUGUCCCCUCACCCCUACCCCACUGUUCUCCAAGGCUACGGGACCCCUGCUGCCAAUAUGGUGGGCAACAAGAUGGGUUUCCCCUGCUGGCAUGCAGCAGAUCCCUCAGGAAACCUGCUCCGUACAUCAGGGUCUCCUCUGAGACCCAGGAUUUAGGGUCACAUGCUGCAGGCAGGGCUGUGGCCCAGCUGGGUCUCACAAGGACCCAGCUGUCACAUCUUGAAUAUUUAAAUGUCCUGUCUCUACUGUUUAGAGUCCCAUUCUGCAAAGGCUGCUUGAGGCUUUCGGUGAAUUAGAGGUGACUGUCUUGGUGAUGAGGCCAGCGUGGCAGGCCCUCCCCUAGGUGAUAAGGACCAAGGUGCUGCUAAGGCCACUCUAACGCCCGGACACCCCAGGAGCCAGGCCCUGCUCAUGAGGCUAAACCAGUGGGGUGGGGGCUGACCCCAGUUCCGGAGGCUGAUCUGAGUUUGUGACCACCCACUUCCCUCUCCCUCCAUUCCUCAGUCUCCAGCCCCACUCCAGCGUGUAGCUUGUAGCCUGGGGGAUCAGUCUGACUAGUUGGGUGAGGCAGAAAUGGGUCCAGGCCAACAUUCUCAUGGCCUUGGGGUAAGGGACUCAGGGCAGCCUUCUGAAGUGCUCAGAGUCCAUAUCCCCCAGCUACCCUGAGGCUCAAUCUCUCAGCCCAGAACCAGUGUUCAUAUCAUGAGCUUGGCCCUUGCUAACCCAGCUCACUAGGCCCAUCUUCCUGCAUUGCUCUUUAGAAAAGGGCACCCCCAAUGGGUAGUGGCCCCAAGCCUAGGGGCCUGCCCUACACUGUCUCUGGCAGGAAUUCCUAGGGCUUAGCUUGCCUCACUCCAACCCAGUGGAGGCAACCCUGCUUGUCACUGAGGAGCCCUAGGCAAGACUAAUGGGCUCAGUGAUGCUCACUGGCUCUCUGCCAAAUCCAAGAAGUAGCAUCAGCCUGCAGGGUACUGGCAGGGCUUCAGAUGCCACCCUGGCCCUCUGAGCCUACUUGGACCUUGCCCCCACACUGUGGUCUCUGGUCUUUGGGUCUGCUUAACCUGUAGGAGACAGAGACUUCUGCUGCCCUGGGAGCUGUCUCAAGCAAAAUCUCUUGUCCCAGAGGCACCUAUCUGGGUCCACUGUGUUUCCCGUCACUAUCCUUCUGUUUCUUCUCAUUUUGGCCAAGGGCGGGCUCCCUGGGGCGGGUGGGGAACAACUGCAGAGAUAUUAGUGAUUCAUAGGUUUGUACAGUGUUUUAUACUUUGCAAAGCACUUUAUUAGCUCACAUGUUCACUCACAUGAAACUAGUGUAGGCCCUGGGAGGCCAAGGGUAAUUCUCACUGUGCCCUCAAAUGAAGCACAGAGAGGUUGUUACAUGCCCAGACCAUCCAGUGGGCUGGCUGGGCCCUGGGUCUCCACCCAUGGACCCCUCCAGGGUCCAAGAUGAGAUCAGAAGUGUCUCUUUUAUCCA